GUUAUUAGUUCAGCAUGGGAUAUUGAAGCAGUUUAUUUUCCUUCAUUAGUGUUUACAGUGCGUACUUUAUUGUGUGAAUGCCUAAAGAUGAAAAAGGAUUAUGUAAUCUUGAUGAUAUUUAAAGUUUUGACAAUAAAUGCAGAUGUUUCAACAAAACUGGUUGAGGAAGAGACUGACUUCAUAAUCCCCUGUUCACUCCAAGGCAGUGCCGUCCACCUGAGCCUUGAUUUUAAUAACAGUUACAUUGUGAAUGGCUUUGGAACUUGCUCUAGAUCUUGGAAUCAACCUUGUAAACCAAAGACAGUCGAGUGUGCGCUUACGGAGGACACAUGUUUUUUCACGCUGACAUCUCUACCGACGUUAUUGCUUCGAGAUCUGAAGUAUGUCAUCUGUAAAUCUCAACUCAGAGUUGUCAACAAGUAUGUGAUCUCAGUGUUUGCCCGAGCAGAAAAUGUCACUUGCGCUACACCUACACUACAGAAUCAACACCUGUCUCUUACUUGCAGUGUUCAGAAAAUCUUUCCUGAAGCUUCAUGUCGUUUUGUUCUGCUUUCAAAUGGUAAAGAAAUACAUGGCGUGGGCAAUAUUACACACAGCCAUAGGAUUUACCUAGACCACGUCAUGUACUAUGAGGGGCAGUGUUCUUGGGAGAUGAAUACUGGACACUUGACCAGCGGAAAGUACAAGAUUAUCGUGUACGUCCACCCCAAAAAUACGAAGUACACAGAGUUUAAUUACGUCAUCCAGAGAGAGUUUAAUCUCCCCACAGCUAUUUCAACUGAUACAACUCCAGUCUUUACCAGAACAACGACUGAGUCCUAUGAACACACAAAUCCUAACGAUAAAGAGCUGCCAGCCUACGCCCUCACACCAGCUGCUCUGUCCAAUUCUGCAGGUCUGUUUGUUUACAGUCAAGUCCAUCUCUUAUGUUUGCUUGCAUGGUUGACGCUAACUGUAAAGUGACCAUCAAGAAACUAUGCAAUGUGUUUAAAAAUAUAUUAAGUUGUUUUUCUUGUAUUCAUAGCAAAAUAUGAAAAACAAAAUUGCAUAGAGAGUAAUUUAUGUUAAUUUCUAUUUCCAAUCAGAUGAAUUAUAUUGUAUGGGAAAAACUCUUUUAAAAAGCCAAAUUAUUGACUUAUUUGUAAUCUUAGAGAAAUUAUUUAAAUUGAAUAAUAAUCACUUCUCAUGAGUUGCCCUUAUAUAAACGGUGGGCCCACUAAAAAACAAUAAUUAAAAAAUUAUCUCCAAUACUAGAUUUUUUUUGUCUGCACCUAUAACACCAAAGUUGAAGUCGUAUCCGUCCCUCUGGAUCCGUCAUUUCAGACGACUCCAAUUUUUUUUUAACUUGCGUUCAGUAUCUGAUGUCACAGAUCAUUUAAUGGAGGUCUAGAUCUAAGAAACACAUUCUAAACUUCACAUUUGGUGAUUGGCAUUAGUGUACCUUAUUAUUAUUGAAAUAUAAUAUUAUCAAGCUGUUUCUCAUGCGUAAAAUAACAUGACUUUUUCUUAUCUACUACAUAGAAGCGAAAAUACCACAGAUCUAUCUCUUAUCCGCAUCAAAUUUCUUACGCAUGUUUCCUUUACCUCAUAGAUGCUCAUUAAGAAUGCUUUUCGACAGAUACGCAACCUGACCGCCUCAAUUUUCGAAAAAAACACAAGCUCUAUCAAACUUAAUACUAAUAGCAUCGCCACAUUCAAAUGGUGUCAAAUGAACGCUUAUAUUAAUAAAAGCGAAUAAUUAUUUCUUUAAAUUCAGAGAUCAACAUAUGUGGAAGAAAGUACGGUGCUCAGGUAAAAAAUAAAAUAGGGGGAUUUUAGAGAGCGAAAGAGAGAGAGAGAGAGAGAGCGGCUAAAAAGUAUGUUAGGUUAAAAUAAGGUCUAUUAACUAAACUUUAUUUCAAAUUAUUUAACUCUUUCUCUCCGUAAUUAUUUUCCUCGUUUUAAUGGUAUUAUUCAUUUUGCUCAUGUGUAUUUGACUAUCCUAUUAAGAAUAAACUUCAAAAACCUUUUUUUUUUUGUUCUCAGAAAAUGUUAUAUUCGGUAUCGAUAUAUUGGAGAAUGCAUGCUCUUUUUACGCAGCACAAAUUUUUGUUUAUAAAUCCAAAAAAUCGAUGUAGUUUAAUGGGUUCAAAUCAAUGUUGGCAUCGUGAAUUAGGAGAGAAAGAGUUAAUAGUAUUAACAUUUGAUCAUUUUUUUCCUGAGAACACACGUUGUCAUUAGUGUUUAAAAGCGCAUAAGGUUAUAUCUUCAUGUUACAUCUUCAUGUUAUAUUUUCAUGUUACAUCUUCAUGUAACACUUUUCGUCAUUGUUCUAAAAUAUAUUUUCCUCGUCAAAUUUGUGUUCGCUUAUCGUAGCAUCAUUACAAAUAAUUUCUAGCGAUGUCUUGAGUUCAUCAAGUCUUAGGAAUACAAGGGGCCAAUUAUGAGAGUUUUAUUGAUUGUUAUCAGGUUUGGCUUAGCAGGUAGAGAUGUAUAUAUGUAUAAUAAAAAAUUAACUGGUGCCCUAUUACGUAUAGAUAGUGGAUAAUAAAUUCGCCAAUCUCUCAUUCUUGUUAAUGUUAAUAUGUUCAACAUAAAUAAAGUCCACAAAGAUAUAUGUUCAUAACAUUGGUGUGAUUUAUUGAUGUCUGAAUAUCAUUGUCAUAUUACAUAGAUGUAAAUUUAUGCAAAUUGUUAUUAAUUGUGUGUACAUUGAUAUUAAUUUAUUGUACUUCGCUGCUAUAUCCAUGUAGAAAAUAUAAAAUGUUAUUGAAAAGACACUACAUGUACUACAUGAUACAAUGCUGACACUGACAUAGUAAACAAGUGUUAAGUAUGAUUUCAUCUUAGUUUCCUAUCAACAUCUCUUCCGCUAAGACUAAUACUGUCAAGUAGUUGCUUAAAACAUUUGACAAAGAUGAAUAACUACCAAUGCAAAGCUUAGUAAAUACAAAAAAAAUCUCCAGUACAUCGCUGAAUGUUAACAAGUCGUACAAAUAAUGAAACGUGUCAGCAAUAAUUUUUUUUUCUUUGUAAUUGUCAUUCUACUUAUGGCUUGUAUCCCAAAACAGUUGGGUCAGAGGUGAGGACGAAGUCGGCAAACAUGGGGCCGCAUGCUUCUUCUCCGCCUUUAAACAACUUCUGGAGUCACGGUGUUUAAACAACGACAUGGUUGUCCUGCCAGUUCAUUGGAAUCAAUCCUUAAGUACCCAAAAGGAAUUAUAUUUUGCUUCCUUAAAGACCUGUUUCCUGUUACCACAAAGGCGCCACGUUAAGGCUGAGAAGUGUGUCCCUCGCAGCAGUGGUAUAGAGAUUUAUCGUAAAAGUCUAGACACUAUCAAUACAGAAACAAAUAAUACUCAUACACAGGAGUUGUUUGUGCUUGAUAACACAAUUAUCUAGUGAUUAUUCUGAUUGAAAUAUCUGUCAAAGACUUAUAAAUAAAAUAAACAUACAUAUUUACAGUUGACAAAAUAUCACAAACUAGUUCUCUUUUUUUUAGAAUCGAAAUAAAAUAAAAGUACUUUCGAUCUUGAGAGUUCUUAAGGCAUACACUAGAUGAGUAAUUUGUAAUGAUACAUUGUAAAUGCUUCAGUGCAGAUUGUGUACAUUUAAGAAAUUAACUCUUUUUAUGUUUCGUACUACUGUUUUUCUUUUUGUUGAAAUAGAUUAAGUUAUUUAGGGUUAAAAUAAUUUUAAAAAAAUAUGCAAAUUCGUGUAAAUAUAGAAAACUAAUAAUACAUUAUCAUUUUCAUUAAAUUUCGAAAAAAAAAAUGUUUCUAUAAAUGUUUUCAUUUGUUAAUUUUUAUACUGUUAAUAUUGUCUUGGAAAGGUUUUUCAUUUUGUCUGCGUAUGUUAUGAGGUAGAAAUAUAAAG